AGUCAGAGUGACUUGGCACAAUCUGGACGAAGCAAAAGAUCCCGAAGUGGAAUUUCACGAAAUCAAAUCACAAAUUUACUAGAAAAUUUUGAUACUGUAAGUAAUCAGCAUUCUUGAAUAAUCACAAAAAGACUCAAAAUAGACCUCCUUAUAGGCUGCUCGAAGAGCGAUGGGAACUAUAGAAGACCAAAUAGAAAAGGACCUGAGAAUUUUCAAGAUAAAUGGAAUGGAGCAAAUAUUCGCUGCAGAGGAUUACAUCUUUACACUUGUGAAACCUCUUGAUCAUAGAUACAGAGAAAUAACUAGUAAAUGUAAAUGAUGAUUAGACACAAUUGAUACUUCCAAGUUAAAUUUUUGAGAAUUCUGUGGAAAAUAACAUCUGUUCUAAGAAAGAGUGUCUUCCCAAGAAAAGACAAUUCCCUAAGAAUCUUGAACUCAGAGGAGAAUGCUGAAUAGUCUGUGACAGGAAAUUUUAUAUCCAUGAAUUAUUCGCAGAGUUUAGGGAAAAAUUGGAUAAUAUCACAAAAGAGGAGAAGGCUAUCAAAGAAGUUAUCAUCUCUAAGGAGAAAAAUAUAAAAGACAUUGACAGGGAAAUUGCCAAAAUCAGUGACUUCGCAGCUGAGAGGAAAUUCAAGGAGAAAAUGGAACUCAAUUCGCUAAAAAUCGACCGGGUAAAAGAAGCUCUGAAAAUAGUUGACUCUGAUCGUAAACAGAUAUACGCUGAAAAAAACAGGAUAAUUGAUGAAAUCUCAAAAACAGAAGAAGAUAGAUUUCAGUUAGAAACCCAGCAGAAUGAACUUGAAAAUGAGAGUGUUGAAAUAAACGACAGAAUUUGUGAAGUCAACUAUAAAAUAAAGGAAAUAAAGGAAGUCCUCAGGACAGAUUACGUCGGUCGGAAGAAAACUGAGAGCUUUCUACAGAAGCAAAAGAUAGAUAUGAAAACAGCAGAAGCCACUUCUUCAGGAGGUUGCUUUAGCUUUUUCUCGUCUUGAAAAGGACCUACUCAGGAUCUCAUACCAGAAGAGAAUAAGGAUGAAGCUCCCACCCAAGAUUGCUCUGCGAGGGAGAGUAAGGAACAUGAAGCCAAUAAAGGCUCAAUAAUCUCUCAAUAUGAGACCGGAAGUUUCAUCUCCAAGGAGUUCCAAGAUGAGCCAUAUAAUAAUGGGACUACAGAGUAUCAACCCAAGCAGAGUAGUAAGAAGAGAAGAAGAAAACCUCAGAUUUAGGAAAAGUUGUUUUCAUUUUAAAAGUUGGUAGAAG